CUACUUGAAACCUGAUGAUUGAGUAAAGAUACUACGUACUACUACUGAUUGAGAAAGUUGCUCCUGAGGCACUGACCCACGUGUCGCCUCACCAAUGAAACAUUUUCUAGCCUCGCGACGGUUACUUUUAAGUACUAAGCUUUCCUUCCUCAUGACGUCUCUCUCUCCCUGCCGAGCCUGCGACAAUCUAAUCCCUACUUAUGCCCAUCUAUACUUCAAUAUGUACACAGUACCAUGGCUCGCCAAGGGUCACGGCCCAUCUCAUCCCGAUGCCAACCUCCUGACUCUCGUUGCUUCUAACCCCCAACCCGGGUUGCAUCGGGAGCCGCUCGCUGUGGCUGCUGAUGGUGGAAACUCAUCCAGGCAUCCACCAACUCAGUUUCAUCGAAUAAGCAUCGCGCUAUGCCGAUAAUCGAUUAUCCACCUGGUCGGCCCAUCGUGUCCAAGGUGCCGUUAAUGCCCCAGCCGGCUGGAUCGCGCCGCAGCUUCGUUAGGACCGCCAGACAGAAAAGCUCCGGCUCGUGAUCGUUGGUCCACUUGUCUGACGAGGUACUGCUUAUAUAAAGCUCUGCUGGCUGGCCCGCCAACAUCAAC